AAAACAAACAACGACUUUCGAUAUUUCGAUUUUCAAUCAAUCAAUCAAUUUUCGUCAUUUGUUUUUGCAUUGUUGAUAAUUAACAACCGAUCAAUCAACUACUAUCGUACAGGUGUGUAAUUGGCGAGAUUUUGUAGCGAAAAAUUCUGCGAAAAACUGAAAAGAUGCUAAUGAAAAUUGUAUCAAUUUGGCCAACAUUAUUGAUAAUAAUGUUGACCAUAAUCGUCACAAAUAUAAUGAUGAUACCAUUAUCAUUAUCAUUACCAUUACAAUCAUCAUCACAAACAAUUUCGAAAAUAUCAAAGGAUGAUAAUCGUCUAUUUUUAUCAUCAUCAUUGCCAUCAUCAGCAGCAGCAUCAACAACAACAACAAUGAUAACAUCGGAAAAACCUUUUUGUAAUAUUUUUCAACCAUGUGGUUGGGAAGUAUUUCGACCGGAACAAUUUCGUAAAAUACCAUCAUAUUUUGUAUUUAGUUCAUGUCAAUGUUCAAUUGGACAAUAUUGUGUACAUGAUACAGAUGAUUUAUCCAUUUAUUCAUUUGUUUAUCGUUGUAAAUCGACGCAAAAUAAUUUGAUAAAUACCUGAAUCUGGUUGAUGAUAAUCGAAUUGGUGACCGAAAUUGUUUUUUUAUUAUUAUUUUUGGCUUCUAAAUGAUGGGUACGAAUGGUUAAUAAACAACAAACAAACAAACGAAAAAAAAAAAUUUCUAAAUUUAUCCCUGAUAACGAUGAUGGCAUUUUCUUGAUUCAAAACA